CGCCGGCGCUCCAGCCUCGCCUGGGCUCUGCACUCUCUGCGCUCCCCCGAAGUGGCUGCAAGCCGCCCACUUCCAGGGUUCGGGGGACAGGCAAAGUGAUGUGCACCUUCUAAAGCCUCGCAGAGCCUCAGCCGAAGCAGCUUCACCUCUUCAACUUUCUCCCCGCCCCCACGCCUUCUCUUGACCUGCCCUCUACCCUCCCCAAAGCCACUUAGGGUGCCUGCGCUCGGGUGAGGGGGUCACCGGCUGUCCGGGAUGGCUUCCAAUUUUAAUGACAUCGUGAAGCAAGGGUACGUGAGGAUCCGGAGCAGACGCCUAGGGAUUUAUCAACGAUGCUGGUUAGUAUUCAAGAAAGCCUCCAGCAAAGGUCCAAAGAGACUGGAGAAAUUUUCCGAUGAACGAGCUGCAUAUUUUAGGUGUUAUCAUAAGGUUACGGAACUCAACAAUGUGAAGAACGUGGCUCGACUGCCAAAGAGCACCAAGAAGCACGCUGUAGGGAUUUACUUCAAUGACGACACCUCCAAGACCUUUGCUUGUGAAUCAGAUCUUGAGGCUGAUGAAUGGUGCAAAGUACUCCAGAUGGAGUGUGUAGGGACACGGAUCAAUGACAUCAGCCUCGGAGAGCCUGACUUGCUGGCUACUGGGGUUGAGAGAGAGCAGAGUGAGAGAUUCAAUGUGUAUUUGAUGCCAUCUCCUAACUUAGAUGUACAUGGCGAAUGUGCCUUGCAGAUUACAUAUGAGCACAUCUGUCUUUGGGACGUCCAGAAUCCCAGAGUCAAGCUCAUCUCUUGGCCGCUCAGCGCCCUGCGGCGGUAUGGACGAGAUGCUGCUUGGUUCACUUUUGAGGCAGGGAGGAUGUGUGAGACUGGCGAAGGGCUGUUUAUCUUUCAGACGCGAGAUGGGGAGGCCAUCUACCAGAAAGUCCACUCUGCUGCCCUGGCCAUCGCCGAGCAGCAUGAGCGCUUGCUGCAGAGCGUGAAAAAUUCCAUGCUGCAGAUGAAGAUGGGUGAGCGGGCCGCCUCGCUGAGCACCAUGGUGCCUCGCAGCGCCUACUGGCAGCACAUCACCCGGCAGCACAGCACGGGCCAGCUCUACCGCCUGCAAGAUGUCACCAGUCCUCUGAAGCUUCACCGAACAGAGACGUUUCCCGCCUACCGAUCAGAGCACUGACAGUAACUGCCCAGCGCGGCCGUGAGACACGCGUGGGACACGCCAGCCACCGAUCCCCCAGGACGUCACAGGACAAUG